UGCACAACUGAUUUGAUAAAAAUUCAAUGAAACUUUCAUGCGUAUAGUUUGCGCGAUGAUCGUUAGCGUCUCACUCCAGAUAAAGUGGGGCAAAGAGGUAGGUCAUUUUUCGAGAUAACAGACAGCCGACGAACUAGAGCCAAGACAGUGCUAUCAGUAUGCGUCAGUAGCUUCCCAGCAAUGGUAUAUUCGACUCUGCGAUUUUUUUCGUGAUCAUGACAUCGAUGGACAAAAUUCAUGUCACUGAACUAAUAAAGUGUUUCAUCAGCCAUUGGUGCGACGAAAUUCGGAGGGAAUUAGUAUAUUUUAUCUGAUAACCAGCCGGCUGAUAUCUGACUGAAGUGGUCUGAUAACGUAUCGAAACCCCGGCGAAGAAAGAUUGGGAAUCGGAGUUUCUGACGAAUAAAUUAUAAAUAGAUUUUUUUUUCGCUGCCAAUGUCGGAGUCUCGGGGGUACACUCUGGUUGAUGGAUCUGUCAGUACCAGUUUUUCUUAGUUUUUAUUCAUUUUUCGGGGAAGUAUGGAGGCUGGGAGCCAGGGACAACUGCUGUCGAGGGGCAAAAUGGAGAAAUACAGUUCUACUUAUGUACCUCAUGAUCGAUUGUCUAGGUAUACUACAGCGAUUUCCAAUUUAAUUCCUGUGAGAUUCAAAAGAGUCCCAGGUUCAGAAAUUCCUGUAGACAAAAUUGGACUCUUCUCAAGCGUAUCCUUCAACUGGCUGAACGAGUACAUUUCCGCAGGAUACAAAAAGAGAAUAGGAGAGAAACCACUCCCCACCAUAUCUCUCCAGGAGUCCUGUCAAGUUAACGGACCAAGAAUAGACUCUCUGUGGCAUAAUGACAUUGUUAAGAGAGGACAGUCAGGGGCCUCAGUCCCCAGCAUCGCCUGGCAGUUUGUGAAGACUCGAGUGCUUGUUUCUUCUCUGAUCCAUCUCGUGGGAAUGGUCAUCGCUCUCUGCAGUCCUAUCAUAGUCCUCCAGAGGAUAAUAUCCUCCACCGAGGAUCGUCUUCAAGUAUCGCCCGCCCCCUCGCCCCCAAGAAAUUCAUCCCCUUCCCUCGACCCUUCUUCGCCCCCGAACACGUCGAGAUCAAUCGAGAUCUCGGAGAACUUCGAGCGCAUAAUUUUCAUGGACAACGUCAUAAUUUCCACCCAUGUCAUCCUCCUCAUCGCCCUCGAGACGAUCUCCUAUUUUUUUAUCGCCUGGAGUGCAGCGAUGAACCUCAGGACAGCAACGAGACUGCGAUCAGCUUGUUUAGCACUAGCUUACAGAAAACUCCUGAGGUCAUCAGUGAGAUACACAGCUCCAGUACACCAGACCCUGACAUACUUCGUCCCCGACAGUAAUACUCUCUGCGAACUGAUCAGCAACGGUCCCCUGAUCUUCUCAGGGCCGCUGAUCCUCCUCCUCUCGUCGCUAUUCAUCUGGCAUUCAAUGGGGCACUGGGCUCUCAUUGGCAUCGCUGUCCUGAUCAUCCUGUACUUCGGACUGAUCCUGAGCGCCUACUUGACGAAGGUCUUUGCCACCAGAGCCAUGCAGUUCUCCCUGCGGCGUAUCGGUUUGCUGCAGGAGUUUAUCGAGAAAAUUUGCGUUGCAAAAAUCGCAAAGUACGACGUACGCUUUGUCGCAGGUAUUCGGACAAUCAGGGAGAUGGAGCUGAAGGAGAUGAAACUGGGGGCGUUGAGCGAGGGUUGGAGCCUCUGCAUGGUGCAUGUGAUUCCAAUCGUCACUGUCAGCGCCAUGACCAUGGCUUAUUUGAUCACUCAUAACUACAUCGUCUCGGCGACGUACAUUCCGUGUCUCGUUCUCAUCCUGCUGAACCUGAAGUACUGUGUGAGAAGCAGCUGGCUCGCGAUGAGCAGUAUCUCAAGAGGUGUGGCAUCUCUGAACAAGCUCAAGGCAAUCUUGAUCUUGCAAGAGACAAAUCGUUUCACGGACAAGCCCAUCGACCGGAACCUCGCGAUUGCCAUAAACGGAGGUAACUUUACCUGGUCUCAAGAUAACUCCCCCGUUGACAGGAUAAUCAGAAGCUCCUCACAAUUUAUCUUGGACGAGACGCCCACGCAGAUGACGAAUCUCUCGCCCUCUCACACCCUGACAGACGUGAAUUUUUACGCGCCGAAAGGGCGCCUCAUCGGUGUCUGCGGCUCCUCCAAGAGUGGGAAGAGUUCUCUUCUCCUGGCGAUUAUGGGACAGCUGCAUCAUGCUGGUGGACAUGUAGCCAUCGAUGGGAGUUGCUCGUACGUUCCGGAUGAGGCCGGUCUCUUCGAGGGCACUGUCAAGGAGAACAUCACCCUCGGAGAUGCCUUCGACGCCUCCUGGUAUUACAAGACGAUUCAAGCCUGCCGACUGAAUGAAGACGUGAACUCAUUGCCGGGGAGUGAUGACACUGACGUGACAACUGUUGAGUUGACCACCUGCCAGAGGCAGAAGAUCGCAUUGGCCAGGGCGGUUUACAGCAAUAGAGAUAUUAAUUUGCUGGAUAAUCCUCUAGGGGAUGUGGAGAGGGCCGAGGGGAACGAGAUCUUCGAGAAGGCCAUUGUCCAGAUGCUGGGGGAGAAAUGUGUGAUUCUAGUCUCGGAUAAGAUUCCUUUUUUAAACAGAUGUGAUACAAUUUACGUAAUGAAAGAGGGAAAAAUAGUGGAGCAGGGGAGUCACGACGAGCUCCUCCAGUGGAACAGUGAGUACACUGACCUGAUCAAGACCUUUGGCAGGAGGCAAGAUGGAGUCAUCAGGAAAGAACCUAGUGAGACGGUCAGAAGGAGGCACUCAUCCCUUCAACCUAGUCUUUCAGAUAGUAUUCUUGAUAUCUCGACACAGAUAGACAGAGAUUCCGACGAGGACGGAAACACGAGGAUGGACCGAUUGAGGUCGGAGCUGAAGUACAAAGAUUACAUCAACGGGGACAGGGGCUGGUGGCAUGGCGCGAUCGUCUGUGCUCUCUCGUUACUUUACUCGAUUCCCAUCGCUGCUGCUCCCCUAGUUUUUACGUACAUUGCUCAGAAAAUGUUGACCAGCACCACAAUGAUAGCAGUGAUCCUCGCAUUUAUGGUUGGGUUCAUAAUUUUCUGGGGCUUAAUUCUAAUGAUCAUUUAUAAUGAGGACGUGUUCACUUCAGCGAGGAAUAUUCAGGAGCUCUGGCUCCAAAGGAUCUACAGGGCCCAAAUCUCCAUUUUUUCGACCGUGUCUUCGAUAAUUCUCCUGAACAUUUUCAGUCUGAACCUUCAGGAGGUGGAUUACAUGCUGCCAAGGCUGAAAAUCACGGCACUAAUGCACGUUGGAAUUAGUUUCUUCAGUGUAAUCAUUCUUGGGAUACUUUCCCCCUGGUUGUUAUUUCCUAUGACAAUCUUUUUAUCGGCUAUUUUCGCGUAUAAUUUUUAUAUCAGAGGACUUCUGUUGGCCCUCUACGAGUUAAAAAUCCACUCAGUAAUCCCAAUAUACACGCACACGAUCCACACCAUCCGCGAGAGAGCUGUAAUCCAGGCAUAUCGAAAAGAGCGAGAGUUUUCGAAAAAAUUCUACAAAUACUCGAACGCCAACCUGGUGUAUGACUUUUUGCUGGACGCCCUGAAACUCUGGGUGGAAUUCAGAAUAAAAUUCUUUUCUCUCCUCGCCCUGACCAUCAUCAUGACCAUCUGUGCCUCACUGAGUGCCAUCAAUGUACGGUACGAGGUCCUGGGGUUAGCUUUCAUCUGUACUCUCCAACUCACCCAGAGUGUUAUCCACUUGACUGGGGCUGUGAUGAGUGGUAACGGGAGUCUUCUGACCAUUGGAGUUGUUGACAAAUACAUUAUGAACAUUCCCCAGGAGAAAACGGAAGGCGAUAACAUCCGGAAGCAGUGGCCAGCGGUUCCCGACAUUCACUUCCAGGACGUACUCCUGAGCACCAAUUCACCGAUCGAGCAAGAACCUCUGAAUUUUUCAAUUUACGCAGGGCAGAAAGUGGCCUUUCGAGGACUCGAUCCAGAGUUGCAACGGGAUCUGAUCAAGUGUUUACUCCAGAUCAUUGAAGUCUUUGCGGGUAAUAUUAUCAUCGGAUCCCGGAAGAUCUUCGACAUCAGCAUCGAAGUCCUGCGCGACCACGUUGAUUACAUUCCGAAAGUUCCAGUUCUAUUCGAUGGAACUGUGCGGUACAAUGUGGACCCCCAUCGCCGCCACAGCGAAAAGACUGUUGUCAAAGUCCUCCAGAAGAUGUUACUGUGGGAGAAGAUAGCUAAGUUGGAGUUCCGACUGGACAACGACACCAGCAAUAUCUUCAGCGUGAUGGAGAAAAAGCUUCUGCUGCUGGCGAGAAUUUAUUUGAAAUCAAUAGCCUUCAGUAAACACAUAAUUAUCAUCGAGGAAUUGGAUCAGGACGCUGAGGUACUGGAUGGCCUGUUCCAGGAUGCACUGAAGGAAUUCACUGUUAUCGUGCUCUCUACGAAAUCCAGUUGGAACGCUCAACGUGUGAUAAGACUCAACGACCACAAAAUGAAAAAAAUAGCGACGACAGCCCCGUCAUCACCAACUACUCCCACUUUAUUACCAGUAUCAAAAAAUAUUGAGACCAGUUUCUAGCUACCUUCAUGAACACACAGUGACAAUAAAUCAGAGGACUUAUCAAUUCCUA